GCCAUGAAUCAAUCAAACAUAUAAACCCUUCUAUUAAUUUUCUAUAAGAUCUUCCCGCGUCCCAACUCCAUUAUCAAUCCACUCGUUGCGUGAAAAAUCUAACAAAACACAAUCAUGAAGUGCUUUGCGCCCAGGCGCAUCUCAAUUCGUCCGGUAUCCUUCCUCGAAGAUUGCGCUUUGAAUACGAAUAGGAGGACGGUUUAUCCAGCUACUACAUAUCGAUUGCGGGUUUCGAGGGAGAGGAGAGAGAGAUGUUAUGCUUCGGCUAGUAAAUCCUCGAGGCCGAAAACUGCGCUGUUUUUUCCGGGUAUGAUUGCAUGUUUACUUCCUACCGACUGUUUGUGUUACUUUGUUUGUAUUUAGGUUACUAAUAAUUAAUAGGUCAGGGGGUCCAGAGAGUUGGCAUGUUAACUCCAUGGCUUGAAGCUUUUCCUUCUACUGCUGGCCCUAUAGUUGAGGAGAUCGAUGAUCUGCUAGGUUAUAAACUUUCGUCGAUUAUAGCAAAUGGACCAAAUAGUACGCUUACAGCUACGGGGAACGCACAACCUGCCAUUAUGGCAUCUUCCAUUUUGAUUUUACGAGUACUAGAACGCGAGUUCGGUUUCAAAACACAUGAACGGGUCGAUUUUACACUGGGACAUUCAUUAGGAGAAUUCGCUUCAUUGGUUGUUGGGGGAUAUGUGGAGUUUGAAGAUAGUUUAUACCUAGUGCGCAAACGGGCGGAGGUCAUGGCUGAAUGUUCACGGCGAGCAAGUGAAAAACAUGGAGGUGAAUAUGGAAUGGUAGCUCUAGUCACCGAGCCCAAUCAUCUUUCUCCUCUCAUCGAGGCUAUAUACGGAUUCCUCGGACAUUCCGCAGGCUCGAAAUCUGAAAGCGCGGAAGUUCCUCCUAUACAACAGGUCUUGAUUGCGAAUAUUAAUAGUAAGAAUCAGAUUGUUUUGAGUGGGAAUAUUGGGAGGAUAAAAGAAUUGUUGACGCAUUUGAGACAAUUUGGAGGUCAUGAUCCUAGAGCUGUGAGGUUGAAGAGUGAUAGUCCUUUUCAUAGUCCGUUGAUGAGACCGGCGGCGAAGAUUAUGGCUAAGUUGUUGGAGGGGAAGAGCAGGGUGAAGGGAAAAGAAGAUAGGGAUUUAUUAAUAUUUCCUGGGACGAUGGAAUGCAUAAGUAACGUCAGUGCCAGGCCGUUUCGGAGUAGAGAUGAAUUGAAGGACCUUUGGGCGAGAAGUUGCGUAGAGACGGUCAGAUGGUGGGAUUCGAUAAAGUAUCUAGAUCAGGAAAAGAAAGUGAGGAGGUGGAUUGGUAUAGGACCAGGAAAGGUUGGACGGAAUUUGGUAGGAAAAGAAGUCGGGAUGAGGGGAAUGGAUACUUUAAAGGGAGGUGGAGUUUGGGGUAUUAGUGAUCCAAUGGAAAUAGAAGAGGCCUUGAAAGCUUUGGAUGAGACGGAAUCUCUUGGUGUAGAGGAUGAAACUGCUUAGGAUUUCGCAGUUUUUGUCAUUUCUCUGUAGAAGAGGCACCAGAAAAUGACCGGAGAAAACUACCUGAACGACAUCUAGGUUAUGAAAAAGUUGGUGUGGAAGGAUUUCUGGUUUCAAUGAGCGCUUUUGCAUGUAUUCCAGGUGGGGUGGUUGUGAACGGGACGAGGCUACGAGGCUGGAUUGAUUAUACAAUACCCAAAUAA